ACCCGAUAAGACCGAAAAAUCUGUAAAACGAUCAGAAAAAUGGGAAAGUCGAGUAAGGACAAGCGUGAUGCUUACUACCGUCUGGCGAAGGAGCAGGGGUGGCGUGCGCGGUCGGCGUUCAAGUUGUUGCAGCUUGACGAGGAGUUCAAUCUUUUCGAGGAUGUGAGACGGGUCGUGGAUCUUUGUGCGGCGCCUGGGUCGUGGUCGCAAGUGCUUUCGAGGAAGCUUGCACAGAACGUGCCUGCUGGUGAAGCCCCGACGAUUGUUUCGCUCGAUUUGCAACCCAUGGCGCCGUUACCGGGUGUUACAACGCUACAGCUCGACAUUACCCAUCCUUCAACACUACCAACCGUCAUGCACCACCUUGGAGGGGAACCAGCAGAUUUGGUGGUAUGUGAUGGUGCACCAGAUGUUACUGGUCUCCAUGACUUGGACGAAUACAUCCAGGCUCAGUUGCUGCUGGCAGCACUUACUUUGGCUACCUGUGUCCUUCGCCCUGGAGGAACCUUCGUCGCCAAGAUUUUCCGUGGUCGUGAUGUCGGCCUUCUAUACGCUCAACUGAAGGUCUUUUUCGAGCGUGUAACAUGCGCAAAACCUCGUUCAUCGCGUGGAUCCUCCCUGGAAGCUUUCGUUGUGUGCGAGAACUAUACUCCGCCAGAAGGAUUCACUCCUACGCUGGAGAAGCCAUUAAGUUUGCCGAGUGGAGGAAGUGAAGGAUGGAUUGCGCCUUUUAUUGCAUGUGGUGAUUUGAGUCAACCUGAUUCCGAUGCGACGUAUCAUCUUGAGGGUGGUGCAGAGAGAGUGAGUUUGGAUCCUGUACAGCCGCCGACAGCGCCGCCGUACAAAAGGGCUGUGGAAAUGAGAAGACAGAACUUGGUGCAGUGAUAGACGGUUUGGAAGGGAGCAUAGGGGGCCUUACCAGAGAAACCGGCACAUAUGGAAUGGGAACAUUGCCAGGCAUACAUCGAAAGAUCGCUUAGAAAGAGGUCUCGCUGUCUAGAGAACAUGGAGAACAAAAGACAUG